AUGGACGAUACGUUGAGUAUAGGAGACAAUGUCUGUCUCUUUUCGGAGGAGUCAAACGGAUUUGUUUUAGCUUCGCAAUCAAGCACAGUACAUUCCGAAGUUGCAGUAGGUGCUAGACAAGAUCGAGUCAAACCACUCAUAGCAGACCAGCACAUUGUGACAUUUCAAAUCUGUGUGGCAAACCGAUACAAAUUGGAUAAGAAAUAUCGGAAAUUAAAGGCCAAGUCAGACGAAGCUGCAGAUGACAUCCUUCUCAAGAACUCGGUGGCGCAAGCCCAGAUUGCGGCCAGCGCGGAGGCAGAAGACAAUGCCUUUGAACAGAAAAGACAACAGGGAAAAAAGGUCCUGUAUGGACAAGUUAUCCAGCUCCGACAUUCGUUUACUGGCAAGUUUAUUCAUGUCAGCACUACGCAGACUUCUCAUACAGAGAGUAACAACAUGGCAGUCAGCCUGUUACAACACAAUGCUAAACAUGCUCAAUUCCGCAUUAUGCCGAGGUACAAGGUCAAGGCUGAGGGUGAUGUGGUACAAAUUGAUGACCAAGUGGUUCUUGAAAGUGUCAAAUCGGCUGGUCAGUUCCUGCACGUCAGCCGUCUCAUACUGGGCAAGCAGUCCGUUUAUUCUCAGUGUCAUGAGAUGAACCUGUCCGUCCGUCAGUCCGGCUUCACAGUCUACAGAAAACACAAAUCAUCUCAAGAUGUUGAAAGCAAACUCAAGGUUGGUGAUCUGAUUCGGUUCUACCACAAAGAAAUGGAGGCAUAUCUCGUAGCAGAAGGUCUCUUUGAUGACCAGCUCACGGAAGAUGUGCACCUGCGUGUUCGACCAGUCGACCAAAGCAAUCCGAAGACAAUGUUUCCCAGCAGUUCAGCCGUCACAUAUUGGCAAAUUGAAUUAGAGGAGGGACCAAUAUCAGGUGGAGUCCUCAAAUGGGGCCAGCAAUGUCGCAUUAUUCAUGUGUGUACUCGCAAAUACCUCACAGUGGACACGAAUGGUAAAGUGACCUUGACCUCAAAGUACCUGGACUCUGGAACGGUCUUCCGACUACACGCUGUCAUAAGGGUAAAGUUGGUAAAGCACUCACCUGAUCACGACAGUGAUGACAUUCCGUACGAGAGUUACACACGUAUAGAGCAUGUUGUCACCGGACACUGGCUGCAUGCUCUGGCAGAUGAGUAUAUGAAACUGAACGAUAGUCAACAGGAUGACAGCCAAGACAUGUCAAUGGCUGGACUCAAAUACAGCACAGCCCAGUUGAAGAAGAUUGACGCGAUUGCAGAAAAACAGUAUGAUGAUGCAUUCACCAUUCAGGUGGUCACUGAGGACCUCGUGGAAAUAUUCCACUACAUGGCUGGCAUGGUGCCUUUUAUACAGAAACUUGUCAAUGAUAAAAAGGACGAUGUCAAACUGAAUGCAAAAAUGGCCCAUGUUGUUAUAACAGCUUUAAAAGAGAUGAAAGACUUCAUGAUUGUGAACAGUGUGCCAAACAAAAACAGACAGAAGUUGAUGAGAAAUCUUAGGAUUGUGGAAUUACUAGUCAGUCUUUUGAGAAUUCCAUACCGAGGGUCAACUGAUCAGCUACACUUGACGAACAUCUUUGUGGAGGCGUAUGACGUUCUGUACACCUAUCUGAUGGGAAACAGUCGCAAGAAUGAGCUGUAUAUCGCCAAGUACAUCGACUUCUUCCUUACCCAAUUUGAGUAUAAGGAAGGCGACAUUGGCUUGAAUGCUGCUCACAUGAUUAUGGAACUCAUCAGAGACAAUCGGAAAAUUGUCGACAGAAUAUCAAAAGAAAACAUAAACAACUUUGUUGACUUGUUACACAGAAACAAGAACUACCGAUACCUUGACCUGCUCAGUGUUCUGUGUGUGUGUGAUGGAGUCUCCAUAUCCGACAAUCAAAACUACAUCACAGAAGUCUGGUUGAUGACUCAAAACAAAGAUUUUUCUUUUUUCCAGAACUGUUACCUAACUGACUUGGGUCAGAAAAUAGGCAAGACCAAGGAUACUGUGUAUGUGUCCACAAACAAUGGCAAGAGAUGGGAGGAACUGAGGGAGUUUGCAAAUAGAUCUGAACAUGAUGACGAGUAUCUGUUUCUAGAACAUCAGCUGGAACUCUUCGGAAUGCUGUGUCAUGGUCAGAAUGAGUUUGCCAUUGAGGUGAUCACACAGAAACUGGAUUACCUGACGUGGAAUGAAGCUUUCACUUGUCUGCGUGAUAAAACUCUGCCAGACAGGCUCCGCGCCAAGUACUGUGAACUAAUUAUUAUUAUGUUUGUUGACAUCGGCAACAACGUGUCUGUGGUGGACCGCGUCAAACUCUCCUACAUCUACGAUGACAUUGACCAAUCAGAGGACUUGUUAGACAAGACAAGCUCCCCUACGUACCAAUACUUCCCAACUCUGCGAGACUGGAUCUCACUGUUCUUGGAAACCAACGGAGACAUGACGGCAUCGGAGAUCGGAAACAACAUGCUGGUGCAGCAGGUUCUACAUCUGGUGCACUGUCUGGUGAAGUACGGUUUUUUCCACAAGUCGUCUGACAUCAAGAUCCUCCUCGAGCCCUUGAUGAGUUUGCUGGACGGACGCAAUGACAAACCGUAUCCCAACAUGCAAAGUAAGGAAGGUGAAGAAGUACUCAAGUACUUUAGGAAAACUGGAAGAUUUCAGAAAAGUCCCGAAACCAAAGCAAUCGUUGAUGCCAAAAUACAAGCUUUAGAAGUGCUCAAUCUGUUCUUUAAUUUCAUCUUCAACUUGAGAAUGGAGAAAUUCAUGAACAUGUUCAAGAUGACCCACAAUCAGGCCAUACAUCCCAACAUGCCACCUCCUGAAAUAGGAGUUCUGCUCAAUGAGACGUUUCAACUCAGUGAAAAUCCUGGUGUGUGCAAAACAGCGUUGAGACGACUCAAUGAAAUCUGGGAAGAGACGUCGUUCUUCAAGAAUUAUGACAUGACAGAAAUAUUGCUGGAUUUGUCACAGUACGACUAUGAUGAGAUGGUCUGCCACUCCAUGCACCUGUUGAAUCGGUACUUCUCCGCUCACCACAAUCUGUUCAGCAGAGCCGUCCAGGCACAGGUGCUCAUAACAGACAAGUGUGUAGAUGUUGUGAAUGACCUCAAGACGAUGCUGCCGACACUGCGACGUCUCGCUACAGCUAAACUCAACAAUGGCCAGGUGGACGAACUCACAAACAUUCUGUCAGAGCUUGUUAAAUUUUCUCACUUGGAGGGUGAACCGGAAGAGAAUCACAUGAUGAACCAGUGUAUUCUUUACAAUCAUGGUAUUUUGGAGGAUUGUUUCACCAUUCUCUCACAGGAGAUUGACGUCAAGUUACUGGAUCAGUACAGCGGCAUGCGACAGGUUCUACGUAAAACGUUUCUCGUGCUGCGAUCGAUGGCCCGCAAUAACAAGCAAGUUCAAGGUCGCCUCUUUGACCGACUCGAGCUGCUGCUGUCUAAGGAAGGUGCUCCACAUGAAUUGGCCGAUGCUAUAACAGAAGUGUUCACAGGUAACUCAAACACCUGUAUGAAGGUACAGUCUCACCAGGUACAGAAGGUGAUGAGCCUAGUUGCUGAGCAUGGUGCGAAGGUCCCGCAGUUUCUUGACCUGCUCAGCGCCAUCGUCAAGGUUGAGGAACUCGACCUGCCGCUCAAGCGGAACCAGAGCUAUGUGAUGACCUACUUCAUGCAGUUCCGAGCAGAGAUAGCACAGGUCAUUGACCAGCCAGAACAGGAGAGAGAGCGGAUACUCACAGGACGUGACUCUGAGGAGCUCAAUUACCUCAUCGCUAUGGUUGACCUGCUCGCGACCUGUGCUGAGGGUGAAAAUCGUUUUAUUGAGUCGAUAUGUCAGACGAUUUUCAAGAUUCCUGAGUUGCUGAAGGUGUUGAAUAACUCGAGCGUGAACAGCAACCUGAAGCGACCGUUUCUCCGAUUCCUGCUGUGGGUGUACAUGAACACAGCCAGUGGAAUGAUUGACAGCGGGGCCGGGGACCUUCCUCAUGAUCGCAUGCUGUAUUCCUACAUGGACAGUUUGAAUGGUGAACUGAAUCGAGUUACACAAUUUGUGAAAAAAAGUCCUGACGUCACUAAACAGCUUCUGAAGAGACCACCUAUCAAAAGAUCAUCGAAUAAUCCAAAAUCUAGUUAUGGUGACCGAGGGAGCAGUGAGCAGGAGUCCGUGCGAGGAACUCUUCAUUAUCUCUUUGAUGCAGUGAUGCCAUUUUUACAGAUAUUUUGUCGCAGUUACUACCAGCCUGAUGAGACGAUGUUCCCAGGAGAGGUGGCAGCUUUGGCAAAACUCACCGUGUCACUAGAGUCAUUUCUGGAAGCUGUUGCACCACUCAUCAGUCUAGAGAGACAGAUGAAGCUGCUGGUUAGUGCGAUGAUGGCAAUGAUGACGGCAUCCAGUGUUGAUCUAAGAGUUUGUGUUUGACAGAAAAUGCAAGAGUUCCAUGAGAAAUAUGGAGGUGGUGUUGGGGCCCAGGACGUCAGAAGUGAUGCCAGAAAGAAAUAUGAGGAAUAUUUUGCGAAUGAGGAGGAAAUCAACGAUAAACUGAACGUGUUUGCUAACAACAUGCAUCAGGCAUACGGCGGCUUGAACGACGUCGCAACGCAGAUUGGAUACAACAGCAGAGAAAUGUACACUGAAGUAGGCGGCGAUGAAGAUCUUCCUCUUGGAUCAGAAUUCCAAGACCAUCUCAAGUGUUUCAUUAACAGUUCUGCCAAGAGACCCACUGACCGAUACAAGAUGGCUGAAAAGCUUGUCCAGCAGUUAGGUAUUUCCUCCAAUCUGAUGAACCUGUCAGAGAAGCAGAGACUUGACCAGGCGGAGCUGGACGUCAAAUGUCUGCAGUUGUUACGAGGUCUCAUUCACAACGAGAUCAUCAAGCUGCCAGAGGACUGGGAGGUGAACAUCAAAAGUUGUAAGAAACAACUGAAGAUGAUAGAAGAUGUACAAGUGGCGCUGAACUCGUACGGAGCUAUCGUGAGUACGCUGAACCACUUGUCACGACCGGAGGACAACAUCAUCAGAGAGUUACUGGCCUUUUUAUCAAAUCUUCUGUUUGGAGGAAACGAAGAAGUACAGAACAGUAUAUUUGGAUACUUCACUGGAACAAGAGAGGAGACUUUCUUUUUUGCUAUUAAAACCAGAAUGCAGUUGUCUGCCCUUGCAACAAGAGAAAAACGUCUCCUUCAUGCGAUGCACAUAGCGAAGGUUGAAGAAGUGAUUGCGCAGGCAAAGGCGCUACAGAAAGCAAUGAAGGAGGGUAGAACAGCAGACGUGGACAUGCUGAUGGUUGGUCAGUUAGGCUCAAUGCUGUCCAUGGCCAAGAAAUCAAGGGUCAGUCUUCGUUCAUCAGAUAUGAGGCGUAAAAAGAUGGGUUCCAGGCAGUCAUUCAACAGGCCUGUUAAACUGGGAGGAGGAGGGGGAGCAGGGGGAUUGGCUGUGCCAAUGUUAGGACCACCGAAACUGGCAGUCAAUGGAAGUUUUCUGUCUAUGAACAAAGCGCCGCAAGAUAUGAUGAAACUGAGCAAACCGGUACCAUCGUCCAAGGGUAAAAAGACAGCAGAGGUGGCCCCGCUGAACGAGGUGGAAAUAAAAAUAGAGGAACUGGACGAAGAGGAACUGGCCGAGCUGACUGACUUGGCGAUCGGUAUGUCGGAUGAUCUUGAUUUCAAGGAUGACGGCUACAUCGAGCUGGUUCUGCGGGUUCUCGGCCUGAUGUGUGACAACCAGCACGGCGGGCUGCAGAACUAUCUGCGUGAACAGCCGGACAACAUCAAGUCUGUGAACCUCGUCGCCGAGACGACACGCUUCCUCAACAUCCUCUACUCCAGCGUCACGGACAAGACGAUUCCACUCAUCAUUCAGCUGUUUGAUACUCUCGUCGAAUACACCUCCGGCAACUUCCAGAACCAGGCCAUUGUGUUUGAGAACAAAAUCUGCGAGUACGCUAACCACAUACUGCGAGCAGGUCAUUUCAAGGGGUGCAGUCAGGAGGAUGUGUACAGUCUGAAAAAGUCUAUAGCCAUUUUGAUACGGUCCCUCACCGAGGAGAACGUGCCAGAGACGAAAGAUGACGAUACCGUUCUUGCCAAGGAGGUGAUGGAGUACAUCGACAGUGAUGCGCUGGUAUCAGUGAUGACAACGGCGUACCAUCACAUGCAGGAAUCCAACAGAACAGACUGCCUCAUCAGUGAUGUUGGUUUCCAGUAUUACCAACUUCUGUGUCGGAAAACAGACUUGAGCAGCUACACCACCCAUGAGACGUUGAUAAAGACACCAGAAGCAGAAGAGGCGUGGCAGUAUUUCUCCGAGUUCACUCUGUCUAUAGAGAUCAUCAAAGAUGAUAUGUUACAGAAAAUAUAUUUCCGAGUCAAAGACAAGAAUGUGCUAAGAGAGGAGAUCAAGGAGAAAUUUAAAUACGAGGUAGACAGAUCGUCGCCUAGCAACAAACUGCGUGACUUCAUGGAUUGGUCGAAUGAUAUCAUUGAUGACAUCAAGUAUCAGCGUAAACUUCGCUCCAAUCCACUAUCUCGUUUCUUUGUUCAAGCAUGGUGGUGGUUAAAUUCAUUGGUUCUCUUAGUUACCUUGGCGAUAACAAUCCUGGUACUGGUCACGUGGACAGAAAAUGUUGCAUCUAUUUCUGACCCAGUUCCCGUACAGUCGGAUUGGCCUGGUGCGAUCGUUGCGAUGUACGUCCUUGGAGGAAUUCACAACAUCCUCUGUCUGUUCAUACUCAUUAGCUACUUCCUGUCCAACCAUCCGUUAUUUCCGGCUGCCCAGGAUGUCAUCAGCUGUUUCAGGAGUAUUAAGCCGAGUAAACCAAAACGUGAUGAUGCUGAUGAUGAAGAUGAUGAUGAUAAGAAAGGAGGACAUCUUAACGUCAACUUCUUCGGCUUCCUCACGUUCUACUAUAUUUUUUUCCUUGGUUUCUCUGUGUGCGGGACGGCAUUCUUUGGAUAUUUCUUCUCGCUGCAUCUCUUGCACAUGGCCAUGAUGAACCAGCUUCUCAAACGGGUUAUUCAGGCUGUCACGAGAAACGGCUGGUCACUGAUCCUGGUCGGAGUCUUCAGUCUUGCCAUCAUGUAUAUCUUCUCGUUAGCUGCAUUUGCCUUUUUCCGUGAGAUCCUCGAUUCCAACGAAGGCCGCCAGUGUCGAACAGCAUACGAAUGUCUGACCACCAUGAUACACCACGGCCUGGUGGAGGGAAUCUACAGUACGUUUGAGCAGAAACUGACUGGGAAGAGUUACCUGUACACGCUGGGAGUGGCCGUCUUUGACACCAUCUUCUUCAUCGUCAUCACCACCAUCAGUCUCAACAUCAUCUUCGGUAUCAUCGUCGACACGUUUUCAGAACUCCGAGAUUCAAAGUGGCAAAUUGACAAUGAUAUGAAGACAACUUGCUUCAUCUGCAGUCGGGAGAGUUACGACUUUGAACGACAGGCUGGGGGUUUUGAGCGCCAUGUUAAACAGGAACACAACCAGUGGGCGUAUCUGUUCUUCUUCAUACACCUGGACGAGACGCGACCCAACGACUACUCGGCCCUGGAACUUCACGUCUUCAACUUGCUGAAUCGUGACAAUUUCGACUUCUUCCCACUAAACCGAGCACUGAGUCUGCAGCAUGAGGAGGACAGCAGUGAGAAGAAAUUGGAGAUGUUGAUGCUGCAGGUCAACUACCUCGUCACCAAGAUGAAGGAAGAGGAAGCACAAAAAGAACGAGAGAAGGAAAGAAAGCGACAGAUGGAAUGGGAAGCGAAGCACAAGACACUAAAGAAGUAGAAAUGAAUGUGGUUACCAUGACAAUAUGUGACAUCAUUUGUGACCUCACAUGCCUGUGAUACCAUUACCUUUAUAACAAUGUGCCUGUGAUAUUAUACAUGACAUCAUUAGAUUGUGACAUCAUCAAAUUGUGACAUCAUCUACUUGUGACUACUUUUGACAUAAUCAUAAUUGUGACAUCAUCAUACUUGUGAUAUUAUACUUUCUGAUGAUUUAGGAUCAACUGGUUUUCUUCCUAAACUAAUGUGGACUGAUUGAAAGAUGUUGAUGUGUUCCAGUAGUUGAAAAUCAGUGUUCUACUACUUUGAAUUAAUAUACCGAAAAUAUUAUUAAUUUAAAUCAGAUUAAAGUAAACAAAAAUAAAAUCAUGACUUUGAAAAAUGGGUCAGUUUAGUUUGACACCCAAUAGCCGAUGUAUUUUUGUGUGCUGGAGCAUCAUUAAACAUUUAUUCAUGCAUUCAUUGAAAAUGGGAGAUAACCCAAGUGCUAUUUGGGAUACAGAUUGUUCUUAAUUCUCUCAUUACAAUUUUUUUUAAACCUGUUGUAUAUAUUACUUAUGGCCGUCCUCUGAUACAAACUAUAUGCUCUGACAUAAGAAACAUGAGGUGAGAAUUAAUAAUAAAAUAUUGUUUUAGGUGUUGAUGUAAAAUAGAAGAAAAAUACUGAAUUAUUUUGGUUUUCUUAUUUUAAGCGAACAGUCAUGUAAAAAGAAGAGUUUUUGUUUUAAU